AUGGGCAAGUCGAUAUCGCAAAAGAUUGAGCACGUCGAACAGUCUCAGGGCACCAUGGUUGAUUUCGAUGAUUCUAUCGAAGACACCAAGCCCUCCAGAUCCGUGUGGAUGAUCACCUUCACCGUUGCCAUGGGUGGAUUCUUGUUCGGCUACGACACAGGUGUCAUUUCUGCUGUGCUCGUCACUCUUGGGGAUGACCUGGGCCACGAACUUGAUUCCCAUGAGCAGGAGCUGGUCACGUCUAUCACUUCUGGCGGCGCCCUCAUCGGUGCUCUGAUCGCUGGUCUGCCCGCUGACAAGUACGGCCGCAAGCUGGGAAUCUAUAUCGGCUGUGCUCUGUUUCUCAUUGGAUCGAUCAUCCAGGCCGCGGCAUUCAAUCUUGCGGCAAUGACCGCUGGACGCCUGAUUGUUGGUCUGGGUGUCGGAUCGGCUGCCAUGAUCAUUCCUCUCUAUAUCGGUGAACUGGCUCCUGCCAAGUACCGAGGUCGUAUGAUUGCCUUUGAUAACCUCAGCGUCACUCUUGGUCAGCUCGUCUCAUACGGUCUUGGUGCCGCCUUUACCGACGUUCCCCACGGCUGGAGAUACAUGGUUGCCGUCGGAGGCAUCCCACCCAUCAUUUUGGCUGCUCUUCUUCCUCGAUGCCCUGAAUCUCCCCGCCAACUGAUUGCUCAUGGUAAGAGAGAUGAAGCCGAGAAGUGCUUGCGUCAGGUCUAUCCAGAUGCCACCGAAGAGCAGAUGAAGGCCAAGGUUGAUCGACUUGUGUGGACUGUUGAGGUUGAGUCCCAGAUUGUGUCCGACAAGUCUCUUUGGUGGCAGUUUAAGCAGCUUCAUUGCGUUCCCUCGAAUCUUCGAGCCCUCAUCUGUGCAUGCACUGUCAUGGCCAUUUCACAACUUGGUGGUUUCAACACUUUGAUGUACUACUCCGCCACCCUGUUCUCUCUCGUGGGUUUCAACAAGCCCACCGCUGUCGCCAUCGUUGUCGGUGCCACCAACUUUCUUUUCACGUUUGUCAACAUGGUCGUUAUCGACAAGGCUGGCCGUCGCAUCAUCUUGCUUGUGACUGUACUUGGCAUGGCUCUGAGCAUGGUUGUUGCCGCGAUUGCCUUCCACUGGAUCCCCAUCUCCAAGGACCUCGUGCUCCAGGCUGAUUCGGUCAAUUGGGCCGGCAUCGUGGUUCUCGUCACCAUCAUCCUUUACGUUGCCUUUUUCGCUAGCGGUGUCGCAACCAUCGGCUGGGUCGGAACCGAACUGUUGCCUCUUGAGGUUCGUGCUCUCGGCACUAUGAUGAACACCGUCACUUGCUGGGGUUGCAACAUCAUCAUCGCGUCCACGUUCCUUUCCAUGAUGAAGGGCAUGACGCCAAGCGGUGCCUUUGGCUUUUACGCAGGUAUUUGCUUCUUCGGCUGGGUCUUUGUGGUCUUCUUUUACCCCGAAGUCAAGGGACUCCCUCUGGAGGAAGUCAGAAAGGUCUUUGAGAACGGUUUCGAUGUCAAGUUGGCUGCUCAGAUGCAGCGCGAUCUCAAGCUCCAAGGCUUGAGUCAUAGGGUGGUAACAUUAGCUACUACCUUUGUCCAGGGCCACGUAGAAGGGGACUGA